UCUUGCACAAGAGCUGCUGCCUGGGGUGCAUUUUUUCAUGGGCCCAUAGUUUAUGCCAGAAAUUCUCACUUAAUCCCCAGGAGGACAUAGCUUUCACAACCUAAGAAUAAUAACCCCGACAUGGGUACACAUGUUUGGACCAGACGGGAGAAUAAACUGGCAAGUUAUGGGGCUUAAUGGAAAAUGUGGGUCAAAGGGAACUGCCUUCUGAGCGAUCGGGGAAGAAGGGGUAAUACCUGACGGGUAGCUGUUUGGGGCCAGGUGCUUUGGCUAGGCCCUUAAAGUCCCAGUACUUGGGGAUUUUGAUAUCAUUAUACCCCCACUGUACAGUAAAGGAAAUGGAGGCUCAGAGAGGUUAAGGCCGACUCCUAGAAAAAGGAGGAAUCAAUCUAGUAUCAGCUCAAACAUUCAGCGCCUUCCACUGGGCUAGGGCCCUCUGCCCCUGCCAAGAAUUCGAAUCAUCUGAGACAUUUGUAAGAUGAGCGAGGGCUGGGCUCCCGCAGAUCCUGCAUCAGCAGGUGUGGAGGGAGGUCGGGUGCUGGACCCGAGGGAGCUCCCAGCCACGGGUGGGCGUGCAGCCAGACCAGGGGGCUGCCCGACUGGGUUCCAAGAUCCAGGAACGCUGUCUAGGCCCAGACCUGGCAAGAACUGUCCUCGGCAGCCGAGGGGAGGUGGGCACCACACCCUGCCUUCCUCCAGCCAGGGGGAGACAGUGGCUCCUGUAAGCAGUAGCAGUAGAGAAGAGUCCGUUAACUCAUCACCCAACAUUCUGGCCACCUGAUUAUGGAUUCGGGGCAGAGGCAUCACAGCAAGAGGCACAAAUACAGGAGAACCCUGAAAUCACAUACAAGCAUCACUGAAAUCACAUUCGGGCAUUGUUUCUUCCCCCUGUUAGACCAAGAAGUCGAACUGACCUGUGUUUUUUUAACGAUUCCCCAUUGCUGAGUGCUGUUUUGGGUUCCCUAUGUUUAUUGUUUAAAUGGGUAAACAUUUUAUGUUUACGUAUCCAAAAAGGAAAGACAGUAAGUUAAGGUGCUCUUUGCAUAUGAUUUUUUUUUAAGGAAGGGGGAGGUUCAGGGAUCUUCAUUCAAAACAAAGCAAAAACUGUCUCUCUAAUGGAGACGUCCCACCACGGGCAGCAGGAAUUCACGUGAUUGACACGCUCUCCGCUCCCUUCAUCCCAGGCCUCUUGGGUCCUGAUCGUUUCUUGUCCUGUUCUGAUCGUAAAUCAUCUCCACCUCCUGGGUCGGGGUGUUUCAGACUACAUUCCUGCGCUGAAUGCAUCCGCUCGAUUAUCCUACCAAUUUCAACCCAGCAAAAAACAAAACAAAACACUAGCUUUUCCUGCUUACGCCAGAAGCGGAGCUAGAGAGGGAGUUGGGGAUACAAGAAGAUGGUUAAAGAUUGUCCAGGACACUCCUGCCUGGGGGUUUGACCUUUGACCAAAGAUAAAUAACGCCAGUCCAGAGCAAGGAGAAACCAGGCUCUCGUGGCCUCGGGAGGGGAAGAAACGCAAGCAAAGGGAGCUGCGGGAGAGCAGAAGGGAAAGGAAAGGAGCGCAGAGCAGUGGCCUCGAACACAGCGGAGUGUCCACUCUGUCAGCGUCACCGCGGCUCAGCGCCCCAUGGCGAUGGAUAUAAUAUUUGGCAGAAAUAAGAAGGAGCAGCCAGAACCUGUGAGGGCCCAAGUGACAGGCAGGAUUCCAUCCUGGCUGCAGGGCACCCUGCUUCGCAACGGGCCCGGAAUGCACACUGUGGGGGAGACCAGAUACAACCACUGGUUUGAUGGCCUGGCCUUGCUUCACAGCUUCACGAUUAGAGACGGUGAAGUCUAUUACAGGAGCAAAUACCUGAGAAGCGAUACCUACAAUGCCAACACCAAGGCCAACAGGAUUGUGGUGUCAGAGUUUGGAACGAUGGCCCAUCCGGAUCCCUGCAAAAACAUAUUUUCCAAAGCUUUCUCCUACUGGACCCAUAUCAUUCCUGAUUUCACGGACAACUGCCUGAUUAACAUCAUGAGGUGUGGAGAAGACUUCUAUGCAACCACAGAGACCAAUUACAUCAGGAAAAUCAACCCACAGACUCUGGAAACCCUGGAGAAGGUGGAUUAUCGCAACUACGUGGCGGUAAAUCUGGCGACGUCGCAUCCUCAUUAUGAUGCGGCUGGGAAUGUUCUUAAUAUGGGCACAUCCAUCAUGGGCAAGGGGAAGACAAAAUAUGUGAUCCUUAAGAUCCCUGCUGCAGUACCAGGGGAUGGAAAGGGGAAGGACCCCUUGAAGCACAUGAAGGUGUUGGGCUCCGUCCCGUCCCGCUCGCGCCUCACCCCGAGCUAUUACCACAGCUUCGGAGUCACCGAGACCUACAUCGUCUUCCUCGAGCAGCCUUUCAAGCUGGACAUCCUCAAGAUGUCAACCGCGUACAUCCGGGGAGUGAACUGGGCUUCCUGCCUGACUUUCCACAGGGAGGACCAGACUUAUAUUCACAUCAUUGACCAGAGGACUGGGAAGCCCCUGCCCACCAAGUUUUACACGGACCCCAUGGUGGUCUUUCAUCACGUCAACGCCUACGAGGAGGGCGGCUGCCUUCUGUUCGACGUCAUCGCCUACGAGGACAGCAGCCUCUAUGAGCUCUUCUACUUGGCCAACUUGAACCAGGACUUCGAGGAGAACUCCAGGAGCACCUCCAUCCCCACCCUCCGGAGGUUCGCCGUGCCCCUGCAGGUGGACAAGUCGGGCCUCCACUCCCGGCUUGGCUGCGGGCUGGACUCAGCUGGGGGCUCUGAGACCACACCGGGGCCGGGCCCCAGUCCAGACCAGUGCGGGCACAACCUCUGGAUGGAGGGGAGGGGGACGAGGGCCUGGUCUCGGCCCCCAGAGGCUUCCAGUUCGCAGUCAGAGAGAACCGACCACAGUCUGGCAAAUUCCCGCUCGCCCUACAGAGGUGCUCCCAGCCGCGGUGACGGGGGCUUCACAGCCGUGUCGCUCUCUGCAGGCUUGGAGCUGCCUCGGAUCAAUUACGCUCACAACGGGAAGCCCUACCGCUAUGUCUUUGCGGCCGAAGUUCAGUGGAGUCCCUUCCCAACCAAGAUCCUGAAAUAUGAUGUUCUCACAAAGUCAUCCUUAAAAUGGGGGCAGGAGCACUGCUGGCCAGCAGAACCCCUGUUUGUCCCCACGCCGGGUGCCAAGGAUGAGGACGACGGAAUUAUCUUAUCAGCCAUUGUCUCUACCGAUCCCCAAAAGCUGCCUUUUCUGCUUGUUCUGGAUGCCAAAAGCUUCACAGAACUGGCUUGUGCAUCCAUUGACGUAGACAUGCACCUGGAUCUCCACGGGUUAUUCAUCCCGGACACAGAAGGGGACUCGAGGGAGCAGGCCCCUUCCCAGGAGCAGCAGGACAGAGCUCCAGACUGCCACACGGCCCCACGGACCUGAAUGGGUUAGGCUUGGGCCGAGCAGCUCCGCUGGUGGGCGCCCACAGGACUUUGAGCUUGCUUCCUCUCUGGGCGGAAGGGGAUCCUUCAUUUCCUUUUACAGUGGCUUUGAGAGGAAGGUAUGGAAAUUGUGUCUUUUCUUUCAUCUUAUUUUGGCCAUAAAAUCCUUGUUUGAAAGUGGAUCAAAUAUGUAUUGAUUAGCUUAAGCACUUCCAAGAAAGCUCUUUUCCUUUAUUAUAAAACCAUGCCCAGAAAUUGUAUUAAGUCACAUAAUCAUCCUUAGAAUGAGCAACCACUGGCGUGCCAGAGAAGAGACAGGUAACUAUCACUGCUCCUUCCUCCCGCCCCUUGUCUCCCUCUUUCCAGUACACUAGACUGUGCAUCUGGGAGAUCUAGAUUUCUCAACUAUGUCCAGUUAGUAAAUUCUGUGGCCAGGAAGGCAUAUUGCCUUGUGGUCAUUCCAUGAAAGGCAUGGCAUAAUAUAAAAUAAUAAAAGCGUUAAAGUCUGUUCCAACCUUA